GCGUCUACGAGUUCGUUCAUUGAUCGACUCUGUGGCUUCGUUUUUCUAUAGUUCCAGUUUUUCAAUCGGUCUCGUGCCAUGCAGUCGUCUUAUAAAGCAAUUAUAAUAUUAUUUGUAGCUGUUGCAGUAUGCGCGUACGAACCUCCCAAAGACGAUCCCCCUUGUAGUUGUGAACAUUGCAACACUGUAACGAAGAGCGAUAAAGAAGACGACAAGAAACUGAAAAUGUACGAAGAGGACAGCGACGGCGAUGGUAACUACACUAUUUGCGCGCGAGAUCGUGAUUUCAAUGAUCGAACAUUUCCAAACGUUUGUCACAUGUUAUGUUUCAAUCGCUGUUUGAUACUGCGAUAUUCGACUGUCACGGUGAAUAACACGAAGAAAUACGCCGCGAAUGCUUAUAGAAACAAUUAUUACAAACUGCGAGACGGCGGAUGUUGACGACCUUUUCCUUCUGAAUUCGUGUAACCGUACUACGACAUCGUGGUUUUAGCUGGGACGAAGUGCUGCGAGGUUAGUAAAUAGUUUUGCAAUUUAGUGAACACAGCAACGUGUCGAGCGCAUUAUGGUUAACACAAAGACGUGUGUAUUGUA